GUACUAGAACGGGGAGGUGUGCCGACCGCUCCGCUCUUUCCACGGGGCGCAGGUGUCCCUCCGCUCAAAUGUUCCGCAAGGCUGUGGUUUGGCGCUGCUAGGCACAGCGGGGCUGGGAGGCCGGUGCGGUGUGCGACGCAGCGAGGCUGGCGUGGCGCGUUGAGUGCGAUUGAACGUUGUUUUUUGGGGUGCGCUGCGUACUUGUGUUACUGUAUGGUAGCGAUUCUUGUGCUGAACUUCCAAGGAACUGACGACGAUGUCGAAAAGAGCCAAGAAAAAAACUGAGCGGUGGUGUUUUGUGCCAGGGUGCGACGCCGGCUACAAUUCCUGAAAAGAGAAACACUCACUCUUUCGAGCACCAGCCAACGCCUCUCUUUUUGAAGAAUGGGAUCGUGCAAUUCCAAGGGCGGAUAAACGCCUUCAAGAGAACUCCGCCGUCUGUUCCCAGCACUUCGAUGACAGGUACAUACUACGUGCUAAUCGCCUGGUUAUUGAUGGGAAGGAAGUAUUUCAUCCACGAGAGCGACCGACGUUGCGGGCAGACGCUGUACCCACCAUCUUCCCGAACUUACCAAGUUAUCUCACCAAACAGCUGCCAAAAGAACGCAAGCGAAAGGCGAAGACUUCUCCUCAAGGUCCACCCCAAAACAAAGUGCGCGUGGGCUCAGGUGAUGUCGAGGAGCUACCGGCAGCGCAAGUAGAAGAGCCCCAAAUUGAUCAGCAUGCUGCUGCUUCAUCUGCUGUCUUCACUGCCAACUUGCACUGUCCUUCUGAUUUCUGGUCAAUACAAUUGUUUUCCGACAGGCCGUGCCUCAUUUCCUACCAGAAGGCAAGGUUUUUGCCAGAGAGAAAGCCACCAUUAUUGUUAGAAAAAGUGGUCCUCUUUGAAACGGACGAAACCAAGCGCACACAGUGCAUGAUUUAUCUCAAUGGACUUCUGCAUCAAGAGAAGACUGUCACCAGUGUGUCAGAUGCUGAUGAUGUCUUGAACUGUGUGGACAAACUCAGGCUUUGUGCUGGUGGGGGAGAGAGCAGAGAGUUUUCGGUGGACAUUCAAGGGACUUCGAAGCACCUCUUUGGGACUCGACUCUUCUCAGAUAGAUGCAUGGGAGUGGUUACUGGUGAUGGCCAACGCUCCUGUUUAAGCUGCAAGUACUUUCGGCAACUCCUAAAAGGCCGCCAAUGGAGGGUUAAGACAAAAGCAAAACGACCUUUGGAUACUGCAGCCAAAAAACUUGGGCGUGCUCUAAGAACCCUCAAACGAAAACAGAAAGCUGUUGUGACAUUGCUUGAAAGACUGAACAAAAUGAAGGCACAAAAUGAGCAGAUCUGCAAAGAAGCCUUUGAAGAACAGCUGAAAAAGUUGCCAAAAAAACAACAAGAAUCUGUCCGAGCAUGCUUCGAGGCGUCGAAGCGAGCAUCUAUGCGAGGCUACAAAUACAACCGCGACUGGCUGCUUGAAUGCAUCAUCCUUCGUAUGAAGAGCGCUAGACUCUAUGAGCACUUGAGACGCCACAAGAUCCUCGUGAUGCCAGGACGCACAUGCUUACUGCAGUAUGUCAAGAACUUCAAGGCUACUUUUGGUUUUAAUGGAAACCUCUUGCGAGCGGUCAAGGCAAAAACUCGAGCUAUGGACGAGAUGAAACGGCAUGGAGGACUCGUGCUAGACGAAAUGAAACUCUCCGCACACUUGGACCUGUCUGCAUCCUCAACCAUACAAGGAUUUGUCGACCUUGGCUCGUUCACUCCCAAGGAUCAGAGGCACACCAAGGCAGACCAUGGUCUUGUCCUUAUGUUUCAGCCGUUUGUGGGAAAGUGGACACAAGUCAUAGGUGUGUUUGCAUCAAGUGGAAACGUCAAAGCUGAUCUUCUGACGAAGAUUGUAACAGAAGCUAUAAUCCUGUGUGAACAGUCAGGCUUACUUGUCGACUAUGUGUGUUGCGAUGGGGCAUCCUGGAAUCGUGCCAUGUGGCACAACUUCGGUGUUCACGGUUCUGCCACGUCAGUGCGCUGUAAAGCUGCCCACCCCAGUGAUUCGAGUCGCUUCGUCUACUUCAUAUCUGAUGUGCCCCAUCUGGUCAAGUGUGUGCGGAACCAGAUGAUGAAGACAGGUUUCAACACACAAAAUGGAAGGGUGCACUGGGAACAUGUCGUAGCCACGUGGAAGUGUGACCGAAGCGAUGUCACACUGAAGGCCGCCUACAAGCUCACCCGAGCACAUGUGUUCCCGAACGGCUUCGAAAAAAUGAGGGUAGACUUGGCCUUUCAAGUAUUCAGCCCUUUGAUGUUGCGGGCAUUCAUGGUGCACCAAAAAGAAGUGGAGCAACACUAUCCCAACCUCAAGGUGACCUACGAGUUUGUUGCCCUCAUGGUGGAUUUCAUCAGGGUCAUGACGUCACGAUUUCCUGCCAGAGCUCUCAGGCCAGGCAAAGCCCAGGAACAUGUAAUCGACACAGUUCUCGCCUAUCUGGAUGAUUGGGAAAGACAUGCAAACGGGAGGGGGUUCCUGAGCAGAAGUACGUCUGAAGGACUUAGGGUGACGCUUCAAAGCACCAAAGAGCUGCUUGCAUAUCGGACGCAAAAAGUGGGCUUUCAAUACCUAAUGACAUCCCACCUGAGCCAGGAUUGCAUCGAGCGUUUGUUUGGAAUUGUAAGACAAUCAGCAGGUGCCAAUGACAACCCCACUCCAGCACAGUUCUGCGUGAUAAUGAGGUGUCUCAGUUUCUGCAGUCUAGUAAAAAGCACUCGGACUGGGAAUGUGGAGCCUGGCGUCUUAGAGUCCUUGUUGUCUCCUCAAGCGGAUGAAGUUUCAGGUCGAAGAGACAGCCCUGAACCUCAGAUGGACAUCAGUGACCUCGGUGCAGUGGACAGCAUAGUGGACCAUUUACCAUGUGUUAGUGAGUCCAGUGACGCCCAGCUCAUCUACUAUGCAGCUGGAUAUGCUGCUCGUAAAAAAAUUUCGACUUCAAAGUGCGAAGAAUGCAAGGCACUCUGCCUCUUGAAACAAUGUCAGGUCCCUGAAACCCUCCCUGCAGCUGCCACAAAGGAGUGGGACAUGGGGGGCUUGCUGUAUCCCUCGAAGGAGCUCUACAAGUUAAUCCUCACCCUGGAGAACAAACUGACACAAGUGUUCAGCACCUGCAAGCUCCAUGCAGGGCUCAUGGUUGAUGUAGUGAGUGCUCUUGGUGGCCUUCCGAGGAUUGGCUGCCCAGAACACGCAGAGUGUCUCACAAAGGAGGUGACCAAGUUCUAUUGUGUUACUAGAUUGCACUUCUUUUUAAAGGGAAAAAACAAAACUGACGCGGAGAAGAAGAAAAAGAUGCAGAAGAAUGUGUGACAGGUUGAUACGGCAGACAAGCAAAAAAUGUUGAAAGCUUGCGAGGUUUGAUGAA